AGCUAAAUAGUAGUGUCCCGCGAUCACGUGAUUUAUAAGCCCCGCCCACAUUUCGAUCGUCGACGUCACUCCAUUUCACUCCCGGCGUCCUUCGCUGCAGCCAUCAUCUUGGAUUUCAGAGCAAGAUGGCGGAUAAACCAGUGUCCCUGGCCCAGAAGAGGCUUAUGGAUGUCAAACUCGGACAGCUGCCGUCGUGGCUGGGAACAAGAGACUUCACCCCAAAUGGACUUCUUGGUAGUGUUCGUGGAGGUUAUGAGAGAUAUGUCAACAAAUACAUCAAUGUGAAGAAAGGUGGUUUUGGUGGAAUCGCCAUGUUCCUUGUUGGUUACGUUGCCCUGAGCUACCUCUGGGAAUACGAUCACAUCAAGCACGACAGGUGGAGGAAGUACCACUGAAACCCUCUGGACCACCAGGCCACUCGAAUCUUUUGUCUGCAGCGGCGUGAUCAUCACACCUCUCAGCUUUCUCUGUUUGACUGUUGUGACCAAGAAUAAAAUGAAAUUUAUUUAAUUUGGACUCUUUAUUCAAAGUACAUAAAUGUUGGCUGUAUGUCUAAGAGCUUGAUUAUUCUUCACAUUGCUUGUGAUUUUAAUUAAAGCUGUAUGAAAUUGA